CUCCAAACUAACCGAAAACGUUAGAGCUCGAAAUAAAUUUGCCUAAAACUGUAGUAUCCGUGUUUGGAAAUUAUCGACCAAGCAGUUUGGGAAUCUCGUGUUAAGAUCAAAAAGGUACAAUUCUUUAUCCUUCAGUCAAACCAAUUUUCUUGCAUGUUAAUUUUUACGACGGCUACAAAUAUAUUAUAAUUAUUGUUUUCGAUAUUUUAGCCGUAAUUUGAAUAUCUAAACUAAAUUUUUAAACUAAAUCUAUGUCUAGAAUUGAUUGAAAAUUAAACCGAUUAUAAAAGAAAAUUUGUUUCGACCUAAAUAUAUGACUGAAUUUGAUUACAUAGAAUCAAAAUUAAGUAAAAUUAUAUUCAAAAAAUAGAAUGGUGAGUACAGUAUUGUGCAUUACCUUAUUUUCCUUGCUCGACUAAAGCUAAAUUAAUUAACAAAUGAAAUACAUAUUAUUGUGUUCUUAAUAUUCAUGAUGAGGUGGAUUCUCUAUGAAAAAUUAUCAUUUCUAUGUAUGUGAUAUCAUACUAACUACAAUAGGAUGAUAUUAUGUACGAAAAUUUAAAAUUACAUAUUUAUUUUUCUAUUAGCUAGUAUUGUGUAUAAUUUAAACUGAUAAACAGCUAUAAAAACUGCAUUAAUAUUUUAAAUGACAUUUAGUUGUUAAAAAUGACAUUGUAUUUUUAUAUACAGCACUAUAUUUCUUACAAUUUAAGACAGAUACAUACUUACACUAUAUCACAAAUAUCAAAGAAAAAAAAAACGUUUUCCAAAUUCCAAAACUUUAAACGUUAAGAGGAAUAAAUAUGUGUCUUGUGUGACGUAAAAGCAUUGGUAAAACCAUUCCUUAAAACAAAUACAAAUGUCUCAGGUUUAUACAUGUGCCUAUUAUGCUUAACUCUUAAUUCUCGGACUAACCAAUUAAUCGAGAUUCUUACGCAUAUAUAUUAAAAAUAUUAUCUAUUUUUUUAAAAAAAUAGGCCAACUAAAUGGCUUGUUGUUUUCCUAACUAAAUUUGGAGACAAGGCAAAGACGAUGUAAAGUGUCCAAGUUUAUGUUUUCGUUGUUAAGUAGUAAUGAUUACUCAAUUCCACCGAUACAAUCCUUAAUCUCCACAACAUUCAGCUUCAAUGCACCAAGAUUAGCCCCUAUAUAAUCAAACCUUUGGUCAAUCAUAUAACUCUCAUAUCUCAAAAAUAACAAUCCCAUUCCUCGACGGUCCAAUGGGGGACACCACAAAGGACGAUGGGUCUAGCCAAAGUAAAGCGGUGCGUGGGGAAAAAAGAGCAUUCUUUUUCAGGAAAUGGACCCGGAUCGAUAUAGCGAGAGCUUCGGCUGUUGGGGCUGUGCAUCUAUUGUGUCUGUUGGCUCCGUUUAACUAUAAAUGGGAAGCUCUCCGGUUCGGUGUGAUUCUCGCUAUAGUGACUAGUCUUAGCAUUACAUUUUCAUACCAUAGGAACUUGACUCACAAGAGCUUUAAGCUUCCUAAAUGGCUUGAAUAUCCAUUCGCUUACUCUGCCCUUUUCGCGCUUCAGGGUCAUCCAAUAGAUUGGGUGAGUACACAUAGGUUCCAUCACCAGUUCACAGAUUCAGACCGUGACCCACAUAGUCCUAUCGAAGGAUUCUGGUUCAGUCACGUCUUUUGGAUAUUCGACACCAGUUACAUCAGAGAAAAGUGCGGAGGACGUGACAACGUGAUGGACUUGAAGCAACAAUGGUUCUAUAGGUUUCUUCGAAACACAAUUGGUCUCCACAUCUUAACAUUUUGGACCCUCGUCUAUUUAUGGGGUGGUCUACCUUACCUAACUUGCGGCGUGGGUGUUGGAGGAACAAUCGGUUACAAUGGGACUUGGCUCAUAAACUCGGCAUGCCAUAUUUGGGGUUCGCGAGCAUGGAACACUAAGGACACCUCUCGUAACAUUUGGUGGCUAGGGCCAUUCACGAUGGGAGAGAGCUGGCACAACAACCACCAUGCCUUUGAGGCCUCGGCCAGGCACGGACUGGAAUGGUAUCAGGUAGACUUAACUUGGUACCUCAUUUGUUUCUUCCAAGCUCUCGGUUUAGCCACGGAUGUCAAAUUGCCUACCGAUGCUCAAAAGCGAAAAUUGGCUUUCGCUCGUUAGUCACAAGCUCUAUAUCUAUGAAUCUAUCUAUUUCUUUAAUUAUAUAUGCGUAAUCAUCACUCGCUCAUUCGUUAUUUUAUGUAAAACAAUCAAGAAUAAUAUGUUCUCAAAACUUGUAUCUAGUUGAUGUAACACCUUCUACGUAUAUUUCAUGUUGUAUGAACAAUGAAAGCCGAGAUAAUACAUUAUCUUC